GGACUAACUUCCCCUGAGAAAUUAAGGGAUGAGCGUCAAUUGCAUUGUUUUGACCAAAACCAAUCGCAAUGUUGGCCUGCGAACGGAACUUGGAGAUGAAUUCAUUGUUAUUAUAGAGGCGCAGCUUGGCGGUGGGGCAACCGCAUCGGCAUCGGCGGAACCGGAACCCAGGAUGAUCAAACUGCGACCAUAUGUGCCCUCCAAGAGGAUUGCCAUACGGGACUCGUCCAUAGAUGAGGAUGCCAGCGACGAUGUUGAGGACGAGGUGUUCAUCAAGGAUGCCAGGUCGGCGAAGCGCAGCGAGGAGCAGGGCCUGAAGAGGCCCCUGAUGGCGCCGCGUCGCAAGCACAGUCCCGGAUCUGCUCCCGGUUCGGGAUCAGGAUCGACGCCCAUAAUGAAGCAGCACAGGCGGCGACGCUGCUGCCGCUGCUGCGAACCCUUCUGCUACGCCUUGGCCGCCCUAACGGUGCUCUGUGCCCUGCUCAGCCUGGCGGCCCUCAUGCUGACGCUCUUCCCGCUGCCGCUGCAGCGAAUCCGCCACUGGUGGCGCCCCGAUCCCGCCCAGCUGGCGGCCAUCUCGGGCUCCGCGGGCUCCUCGCGCAUCGCCUACGGCAGCUCGCUGGGCAGCGAGUUCGUGCCCUGCACCCAGAUCAGUGUCCAAAAGCGCUGGACGCGCAGCUUGGCGCGGAUGAACAGCGAGAGUCCGCUGCGAUCGGCCGACCUGAAUGGCGACGGGAUCAAAGACGUGGUCUUCGGCUAUGGCGUCGACGACAACAUCCACUACGAGGGCAUCCCGCUGCCCAGGUGCCAGUCCGCCCAGCAAGGCGAGGAGGUGCCCUGCGAGGGCGGAGUGGUGGCCUUGAACGGACUGGAUGGCUCCAUCCUGUGGCAAUCGUGGAGCGUGGCCAACGUCUUCUCGCUGCACUGCAGUGCGGAUGUGGACGGCGACGGGGGUACCGAUUGCGUGGCAGCUGGGAGAUUGGGGAUGAUCUACGCCAUAAAUGGCCGCACUGGCUCCGUAAUCUGGCGCUUCCGCGAAAUAGAGGUGGAGACGAACUCACCGAUCGUCAUGGAUCUGUACACGAUCAAUGUGCUGCGCGACCUGGACGGAGAUGGGGUGCCGGAGAUAAUAGCCGCCCACCUGGAGGAGCGCGAGGAGUCGAAGGCGGGGCACAUAAAGCUGAUUUCCGGCAAGACGGGCAAGGUGAUCCGGAGCAUUCCGACGCCGUAUCGCGAGGAGAUGUUUGUGCCCAUUCAGCUGCUCACGCAGGCGGACGGAACGGAGCUGCUGCUGAUCGUCACCGGGGGUCAGAACACCCCAGGUGGCAUCUACUCCCUGCGACUGCACUCCCUGAUGGCGCACACCAGUGAGAAGCACUUCACGCCGCUCCAUCGGCAACCGGGAUCGGGUCUCAUGGUGCCCGCCGUGCUGAGCGAUCUGAAUGGCGAUGGCAUCUCGGACGUGGUGGUGGCCGCCUUCAAUCGCAGUGUUUUGGCCUUCGACGGAGCCAACUACACGAUGAUGUGGAACUACACCUUCCCGGCCAGCGAGUGCGUCAGUGCCAUUGUACCGGGACUCUUCGAUCACGACAAUGUCACCGAUUUCAUGGUCAAGUACAACACGGGUCCGGGAUUUCCGGUCUACUACUACUCGCAGACCACCAUCCUGAGUGGCAAAACGGGACAACCGCUGCUCAAUGCCAUGAUGACGGAUGCAGGCGGUGCCAAUAGCCUGCUCGGUGGCGUCUCCAUUUCCCAGAGCUUCGGCGGCGACUUCUUCCUGCACUGGCAGCUGCAGUGCCGCAAUCGUCCGGAUGCCCGGGAUGCCUACGAAUUUGUGCCCGAUAGCGAUAUUAUAUUACAGGCCCGGGCCGACACCUGUCGUCUGCGGUACAACGAGUCCACGGUGCUAAAGCUCUACGGGAUUGCCAGGCACAUCGAGCCACCCGGUGCGGUUCUGUUUAGCACCGAUGAUCUGGAGGUUCAGCUGAAUCGCACACAACGACCGGCGGCGGCUGGCAAGAAGUCCCCGCUGAAGCAUCCCAAGCUGCUCAAGAAACUGCUGGCCGGCAAUCGGGAGCAAUUGCUGCGCCAGGUGGCCGCCGGAACGGAAAUGGGUAAUGGUAACAGUUUAGGCAGAGGAACUGAGCAACCGGGCAGGCGAUCAAAAGUCCAUCAUCGACAUAAUCCCUUGAUGGAACAGCAACUGCAGGAGCUACUGCCUCAGGGAGCAGAGAACGAGCUGCCCAGCUUCGGAAUGGGAGGAGGAGGAGGUUACCCCAAGGAGUUUAAGGACUACGAAGGACUGCAGCUGCCGGCAGAUGCUGCGAAUCAGCUGCGCCUGCCGGAGGAGUACGAGCUGGUGUACAACGACGAAGUGCCUCCGCUGCUGGAGCAGAGCGACCGUGAGCGGCCCAUUCACCUGCGGUCCAAGUACCCCAGUCCCGGCAGUCGCGAUGUGCGCAGCGGGUUCCUCGAGGCCACCUCCAGCACCCCAGCCACGCCCAGCACCACCGGGCAGCCAAUGUCCAACCAGUCCCCGCUCAGCCUUUGGGAUCUGGAGCUGGACAACGAGGCGCGGGAACAGGCCGUGGACGCCCAGGAGGGCAACAAGAAGCAAAGGAGGAGGCGUCGCAAGAGACGCGAAAGUGCUGCCGGAAGCACGACUGCAGCUGGCGAGGAUUCAGAGGAUUCUUCCGGAGCCGACUGGUAUUUGGCUUCCAUCUCAUCCACCGGCGUUUUGCUGAAGGCACUCGGCAAUGCCAGUUCCUCGCUGGACUUUGCCUUCGUCCUGAACAUCCGCGAAUCGGAGGCCUAUCCGCCGCUCUUCUCGCCGCAGGAUCUCAGCUGCGUGGAGGAGAAGAUCAGCGCCUACAAGAGCUACACCAUCGACAACCUGCGCGUGCUGCGCAAACAGUUCCUGAAGCAGUGCCUCAGCGAGCGUCUUGUGGACGCGGAGCCGGCCCUGCCCAAGUUCGAGUCGCAGCUGGUGGUGACCCGCAUCGGGAUCGAGUGCACCUGCCGCUCCCUGAGGCCAGGGGAGGUCUGCUCCGAGCUGGAUCCCCUGGAGUCGCAGCGCUGGACGGAGUUCAUGGGGAACUCGGGUCAUGGCUUCUAUGCCAACAACCACUAAACGCUAAUCGCCAAUCGCUGGCGGCGGUGGAGGAUUUCGCAGCGGAGGACCGGGUCCUUUUGGCCACCGACGCCGGAACAUCCCGCCAUCC